GCAGACAUACCGACGAAACUCGACGCGGAUGACAGCGAAUUACAAACGAUGACACUUACACGACCAUUCCAUAUGCACCCUCGCCCAUAUACGAUAAAUUUGUAUAACGCGGACCAACUUCGAACGUUUGACCGCGAACGAUCUCGCAAUUUGGAUUCACGGCCGUAGAACCUUCACCCGCCAUUUUGACAACUACUUUGCGGUUCCGCCGACGUUUGGAGAAGAACCCCGAGCGACUCUCAAAGUGUCACGAACUUAGCAGAACAUAGAUGGCCGAUCUUACAAUUCCAUUUCGGGAAAUUUCAAAAUUCGAUCGAUCAUCGUUAUUCCGUCUAUUAAUAGUACAAACACGUAACGAUACGCGUAGUAACGUGGUAAUACGAUUGUCGCCAUUGUCUUGUUUCAAUUUAUUUUUCAAUCUAAGAAGAGGAAGUUUGAAAGGAAACAUUUAAUAUAUAAGUUAAUAACACAAGUUUUACAAAGAUUUAAUAACAAUAUGAACGCACCACCAACCUUUGAAUCAUUUUUACUCUAUGAAGGAGAGAAAAAGAUAAUAAAGGAACAAGAUACAAAGGUACCAAAUGCUGCUAUUUUUACAGUUAACAAAGAAGAUCAUACUCUGGGAAAUAUGAUUCGAAACCAAUUACUAAAAGAUCCUCAAGUUUUGUUUGCUGGUUACAAAGUACCUCAUCCAUUGGAACAUAAAUUUGUAAUUAGAAUACAAACAACGUCUGAUUAUACACCGCAUGAAGCUUUUAUGCACGCAAUAACUGAUCUUAUAGCAGAAUUAUCAUUAUUUGAAGAACGUUUUAAGGAAGCAAUAAAAGAAAAAAAGGAAGGAUUGGAUUAAUAAAUUUAAGAUUCAUUAUAGGUUUUAACGAAUAAAUAUAUGUGCAUAUGUAUGUAUGUAUAUAUACAUGUAUAUAAAUGUGUGUGUGUGUGUGUGUGUGUGGCUCAGUCUAAUUUAAAUUAAUUUCUCAUAAUUGUAAGAUCUUUAUAUGAUCAUUCGAUUGAACAUGCUCAAUUCAAUUGUUUCCCCAAAGUAAAUAUCUAAAUUUUGAAAAAGUGUUUCUGUGAUCUUAUUUAGUUAAAGAUUAAUAAUUUUACAUUUGAAUAAAUUUCAUUAUAGAAUUAUUUCUACAUUUCUAUAUUAAUUUUAUUCUUGAAUUUUUUACAAAGUACUUCCUUCGUUUUAUUUUACACAAGUUUAUAAAUUUAUAUAUAGGUAUAAAUAGGAUGACAAGUAGUUCAAGAUAAUAAUUUGUUUCUUUCUUUCUUUUUUUCUUUUUUCUUUUUUCUUUUUUCUUUCUUGUGUAUCAAAGUAUUGAAUUUUUAUGAGACUUAAAUAUUUGAAUUAUUCUAUCAACUUGCAAUAAAAGUUGAAUAAACAACAUUGGAACCUUUAUCUGUCAGGUACAAAAAAGCAACAAGCAAAUUAUGCGAAUAGAUAAAAGCAUAUCUUAUCCGAUGAUAUAAAUUAUUUUUUUUUUUUUUUUUUUUUUUUUUUUUAAUCAAGAGA